AUGUGGCUCGCUUUGGCGAUUGUUGGCGUUUCUUUGCUUAUUUACUGUAUUAAAAAUGCCUUAGGUUCUUGCGGACCCAAUCCUUUCAUGGUGGACACGCGAGAACCCCUCAAGCCGAUGGUCCACAACCGCAAAGAGAAGAAUAAGGUGUUGAAACAAGGCUUCCUGCCCAGUAAAAUUCCCGAAAACUUGGAUGCCAUCGUCAUCGGCAGCGGCGUUGGCGGGCUGGGUUUGGCUGUGAUACUAGCAAAAGUGGGAAAAAAAGUUCUGGUAUUGGAGCAACACGACAGGGCCGGCGGAUGCUGCCACACGUUCACUGAGAAGGGUUUCGAGUUUGAUGUCGGAAUCCACUACAUCGGUGAUCUGAUGGACCACAAGCCAUUCCGCUGCCUAGUGGAUCAGCUGACCAACGGGCAACUGCAGUGGGAGCCCUUGGAGAACCCAUUUGACCAUGUUGUGAUCGGCCCGCCGGAAAACCGUCGUCACUAUCCUAUCUACAGUGGGCGCAAACGCUUUCUAGAGGAGCUGAAGAAGUGCUUCCCGGGCGAGGAGGCAGCCAUCGAUGAAUACAUGCGACUGGCCUUGAAAACUGCCCGUGGCGUCUGGGUUCUGGCUAUCCUCAAGCAGCUCCCGGCCUUCUUGGCUGAGUUGCUGAUCCGCAGUGGCUUGAUUCGAUAUGUUUCGGCCUUCUUCAAAAUGGCACCACGCAGUGUGACUGAAGUCGUCAAUGGGCUGACGGAAAACAAGGACCUCAGGGCUGUCUUUGCCUACAUCUUCGGCACCUACGGUAACAUACCAAAAGAUGGCAGCUUCGCCAUGCACAGCAUACUGGUCACUCACUACCUGUACGGGGGAUGGUACCCGAAGGGAGGCGCCAGCGAGAUCGCCUACCACAUGAUCCCAAUCAUUGAAAAGGCAGGGGGUGCCGUCCUGGUGCGAGCGCCUGUAAAUCGCAUUUUGUUCAACGAUGCGAGGGAAGCAUGCGGUGUGAGUGUCAUGAAGGGCCAGGAGGAGGUACAUAUUCAUGCUCCCAUGGUCAUCUCUAAUGCGGGUAUCUUCAACACUUACCAGCAACUGCUGCCCAAAGAGCUUCAAGCCAUGCCAGCCAUCCAGAGACAGUUGAGCAUGAUGAAGCAUGGCGAGGGUGGUCUCAGUAUCUUUGUGGGACUCAACGGAACCAAGGAGGAAUUGGGCCUCAAAGCUGACAACUACUGGAUCUUUUCCGAAAAUAAUUUCAAUGAACUGUGUAUAAAGUACAGGGACAGCGACAGAGAGGAGUCAGCCAAAAAUAUCCCCCUCCUUUUUGUCGCCUCUCCAUCUGCUAAGGAUCCAACCUGGGAAGAAAGGAUGCCAGGUAAGUCCACGUUGACUCUGGUCAGCUUCGCCAAAUACGAGUGGUUCGAGGAGUGGAAGGAUGAUAAGCCGACCAACCGGGCGUCUGACUACAAGGAGCUAAAGCAGGCGUUCAUGGAGACCACCCUGCAGACAGUGCUGGACAACUUCCCCAAAAUCACCAGGGAUAAGGUGGAAUUUAUCGACGCCGGAACGCCCAUCACCAACACGCACUACAUCGCCGCCCCCAAAGGCGAGAUGUACGGGGCCGACCACAGCGUUGAUCGCUUUAACCCGCAGCUCUGGGCCAACCUGAGGCCGCAGACGCCCCUCAAAAACCUCUACUUGACAGGUCAAGAUGUGUUCCUGUGUGGCUUCGCCGGCGCACUUGCUGGCGCGCUUAGCUGCGGCUCGACCAUCCUCCAUCGCAACCUGCACCUGGACGCCAUCAUGUUGGCCAAGAAAACCAAGUUUUGCGUUGACGGAUCGAAAGGGGACUAA